AUGAGCUUUGGAGCCCCCGGAGGUGGUUCGGUCAAUUACAAGCCCACACCACCAGAACGUGGAAGUUUCCCCCUUGAUCACGAUGGGGAAUGCAAGCACAUUAUCUCGGGUUAUCUGAAAUGCAUCAAGUUGAAUCGUGGUACCAAUGACGAGGCCUGUCGCAAGCUGGCGAAACAAUACCUCGCCUGUCGAAUGGAUAAAAAUUUGAUGGCUCCGGAUAAUUUCCAGAAUCUGGGGCUCAUCUUCAAGGAUGAUCCAGCAGAAGGCAACGAUGCGUCCAAAAACAGGACACAGCCACAACCACAAGAGGCGGGCAAGACAGAAAAAUAA